AUAGAAUAGAAAGAAAAUAUCAUAGGUUUAUUUAUUUAUUUAUUUUUUACAGCCAACUAUAUCAAAUAAAUAUCCAAUAGACAUUUAACUUUCCCGCUUUUUUGAAGAAAAAAAAACAAACUAACUUGUUGGUAACAACUAAUACUGUUUCUUUGUUAAAAAUGGUAUGGAAAAAGUUUUUGAAUUAUUAAAUAUUACUGGUUGAUAAAAAGAGAACAAAACAAACAACGUACCCCUAGUAUAAUACUAAUAGUAAUAAUAACAAUAAUAAUAAUAGUAAUAUGGGUUCAGAACAAAGUCGUCCAACUAGUAAUAAACAAAAAAAAUCAAGUUUAACUUGGAAUUCACAAACUAUCGUAAAAUCAAGUAAAACUUCAAUAAGCAAUAAUAAACCAAGAGAAAAUUCUAUAGAUUUAUUGAAUAAUCAAAAUAUAAAUAAUGAUAAUCUAAAUUUACAAAAUAUACCAGAAGAUAAAUCAUUUCGACAAUUAUUUUCUGAUUUAGAAUUGGAUGUUUUAUUUUCUACAUGGCCAUUAUUAUCACAAAAUCCAAUACGUACUGGUUGUUUAAUAUUUAAAAAUGCAUUUGAAAUUCAUCCAAAAUUAUCAACAUUUUUCCCAUUUGGUCAUCUUAGUCCUGAUGUACUUGUGGAUAGUCCAGAUUGUAAAAGACAUUCAGCCAAAGUUAUGAGAGUAAUAAACAUGGCUGUUAAAGCAUUAGAAGGUGAUAGUAAAUCGUUAUAUGAAGAAUUGGCAUUACUUGGAGCAAAACACGCUGCUAUAAAUAAUAUGAAAAUUGAAUAUUUUAAGAUUAUAAAAGAAGCAAUUUUAAUGACAUGGGGACGAUUAAUUUAUGAAGAAUUUACUGAUGAUGUAAGAAAUGCAUGGGGUCAUGUUUUAGAUGAAAUUGUUGGAAUUAUGGGUGUUGGUUGUUUAAUAUUUGAAGAAGAAGAAGAAAAAAUAUUAGAAGAACAAGAAAAAAAUGAUAAUAUACAAGAAUUUAUUACAUCAUCUAAUGAUUAUCAACAAAAUUAUAAAAAACAAAAUAAAAAAAGUCGUUUAAGUGUAGCAACUGUUUCUAAGGAAGAAUUAGAUCAGAUUUAUCCCAAUUGUAAAUAAAUAACUAAAUAAAUAAUAUUGGAUCAAUUUUUUUCGAAGAAAAGAAAAAAAGAAAAAAAAAGAAAGAAAAUCCGAAAUUAGUUUAUUUCACAAAUGCUAUUUCUUAUGAAACUAUAUGAGUUAAAACUGAAAAACAAUCAAACAAAAUAUUCAUCACUACGUCCAAUAAAAACGUUGAUUUUUUUCUCUUUUUUUGUGUGUGCAUGUUUGUGUGUGUGUGUGUGCGUAAAAUGUUCAUAUUAUUUAAUUGUAUACCGUUUUCAUGUUACUGUCUAGUAUGUAUGUUUCACCUAUAAAUGUAUCUUAUAUUUUACAUUAUUUAUUACAAAAUAAUAAAAGCAUACUGAUUUAAUAAUGUGCUUGCGUGUAUUCAUAUAAUUUUCAUUUUAGUAUAUUUUAUUAAUGAAAUUUCAUUAAACUUAAUUACAAUCUGAA